CAUCAAAAACCCUAGAUUGAGCUCGUUCAAAUUCCUCGCUUCUUCAUCUUCUCUUCGAUUUCUUCUCCAAUCUCUGUUGUGCUUUCCGUUCAGAAAUGGCGAAGUCGAAGAAUCACACAGCUCACAAUCAGUCCUACAAAGCCCAUAAGAACGGCAUCAAGAAACCAAGGAAGCACCGCCACACUUCCACAAAAGGGAUGGAUCCGAAGUUCCUUAGGAACCAGAGGUACGCGAAGAAACACAAUACCAAGAGUGGGGAAAAUGCUUCUGGGGAAGAGUAAAGUAGCCGCCGCCAAGUUUAGGGUUUUUAUUAUUCAAAUCUUUUGUUAUUGCUCUUGUUUUUGUUCAGUAGUCUUGAUAUUUGACUCAAUUUGGAGACUUUUGCGUCUGAGGCAUAUUUUACGAAAAUACAUUAUCUGAUUUGCAAUUUUAAAGCUUCUACUGUUGAUUA